AUGAGCUUUUCAUUUACCGAUCGUUUGACAGAGUUAAACAAUGCUCGCGAAAAAUCAUUGAUUACAGACGAGGAGUAUGCAAUGUUAAGAGGAAGAUUGUUUGAUUCUUUUGUCAUGGCUCCACAGACAUCAACAUCACCAAUUUCUCAUCAAUACUUCUCACCGCCGUUAUCGCCCCAAAUAUUAAGUUCUUCUCCACAACAAUUCUCCUUACCUCCACCACAGAAGUUUUCAUUAUCUUCGCAUCAACAAUUUUCCUUACCUUCACAACAGAUUCCUUUACCUUCACAACAAAAUUCAGCACCAGUAAAUAUUAUUCAUGAUCAAAAUUCAAAUUCGCAUUCUGCACAAACAUCAUCGUCAACAUCAUCCAUCUCAAUCUUCCAUUCAAACAAAUCUACUUUAAACGAUCAACAAACAGAGGCCUCAACUUCAACAUCGCCUUUACCACCAAUAUCAAUACUGUCUCAACCACGCCAAACUAAGAGCAGUAACGAUAGUGCAAAUGUCAACCCUUUUCUUUCCGAUCGAUCCACAUCUCACUCGUCAGGAUCAGGAUCUGGUAUCAUCACCUCCUUGUUCAACGCGGUCUCCCCAAAAAAGUCACGUACAAACGAUGCGCCCGCCUCCCUUCCGAUAAAAAUCAAUGACAAAAAGAAGUGUGUUCACUUCACUAAUGAUGAUACCGCAACUACAAGUGAUAAUGUCGGAACGCAUUCAACUGGUAAUGACAUUCACACCGUUAAUGAGAGGUUGCAGCCUGAAACUGCGGAAAACCGAUAUUCAUCAAGCGCUCCUUCUAGAUCAAUCCCAAUAGCAACCACAAGUUCGUUGAAUGUCACAUUUAAGGAUUCACUUAAUAUCACACAGCCAUCACCAAGAAGAUCUCUUACCAAGACCAGACCCUCGUCAAUGAUCUACACAAAUUCGGAGCGUGUCGCUUAUGAAAUUAGUAAAAGUAAUACUGAUGCCGACGAGAAUGAUGAUAACGAAAGUCAGCAGCAACAAUCACCACCUCUUCCGCCGCCCAGGCAACCACAUGUUAAUGCUGCUGUUUUACUCAAAAGACACGCAAGAGCAUUAAGUUUAGGCUUAAGCUCUUCAAUUUCAUCCUCCUCCAGCGAUAAUCCUACAAAUCAAAACAACUGUACCCACCGUGGUAACGACAAUAAUGAUACUACCAUCAGUAACAUAAAUGAAAGUAACGACGGUGCUGAUAAUGCUAGUAAUGAGUCUACAGGUGCUAAUUCAAGAACAACACCAGGAAAUCUAGUAAACAAUGACGAUGUGCUUACCGAGACAGAUCAAUUCGAGCAGUUGGUACCUGAAGUACCACCGCCUCCAUACACGCCACCAGAGUCAUCCCAAAUUCGUGGUCGUCGCCGCCCAUCCAACUUUUUCAUUAAACCCAAGACCAGUACCGAACUACGCAAGGAACUACAAAAACUCACUGAACAAUCCAAAAAAGAAGCAAACAGUUUGAAGAUCGAAGAGGCAAGAUUGAGAAUGCGAUUGAAUUCUAAGCCUGAAGACUUGGAACGAGUGAAAAGAAAGAUAAGAGAAUCGAGUGAGAAAUACAGAAGGAAAAUUGAAGCAGUGAACAAUAAAUUGAGACAGAUCAGUGCGAGAGAACAGAAUGUAGAUGGAG